AUGAGCGAGUCCCACCCCGCCCCAGACGCUCUGGAGCACGCGCCUGGAGCCUCCCCCCAAGCUACACCAUUGUCGAAGCCCUCCACACUUCCCCCGCAAUCACUGUGCAGGGACAACCUCGACACACGGUUACUCAAGCGGAACUCCCCCCGGCGCCCCAAGAACGUAGCCGACUGGCUGCUCGAUCAUCAAAUUGAAAUCCCCCUCAACCUCAUCGCCCUCCUCAUCCUCACCCACCUGUUCGUCCCCCGCGCGCGCCAACACACUUCCAAAUUCUUCUCGCCAUCUCACUACAACCCGAACACGGGACGAUAUGCUAUCGGCGAUGGGGACUUUUACUUCCUGGGGUUCUGCGUCGUGCUCUACACGGGCCUGCGCGCGGGGAUUAUGAAGUAUAUCCUCGCACCGCUAGCUACCCGCUGGGGCAUCUCCAAGAAGAAAGAUAUCACGCGAUAUUCCGAGCAGGCGUGGCUGCUGUGCUAUUACUCGGUCUUCUGGACACUUGGUCUGUACAUCUACGGCACCUCCAAGUACUGCCUCAACCUCCGGGAGAUGUUCACCGACUGGCCGACGCGCGACCUCCCCGGCCUCACCAAGGUCUACAUCCUGGGCCAAUGGGCGUUCUGGCUGCAGCAGAUCCUCGUCCUCAACAUCGAGGCCCGCCGCAAGGACCACUGGCAGAUGCUCGCCCACCACCUGGUGACGGUCGUGCUGAUUUCCACCGCCUAUGCGUUGCAUCUCACGCGGGUGGCCAACCUGGUGCUCAUCCUGAUGGAUGUGGUGGAUAUUUUUUUCCCGCUCGCCAAAUGCCUCAAAUACCUCGGCUACACCACCGCCCGCGACAUCCUCUUCGGCCUCUUUAUGCUCGCGUGGUUCCUCGCCCGCCACGUCUGCUACCUGCUCACCAUGUGGGGGAUCUGGAAGUACAUGCCCGAGACGAUCGCGGAGGGGUGCUACUAUGUUUCUGCCGGGAGCGUCCAGGACGCGCUCCGUGGGCCGACGCCUCUCCCCCCACACGGCUGGUCGCACCUGUGGACCCCAUUCUAUGAUCCCACAGGCCCCAUCUGCUACAGCGACGGCAUCCGGUGGGGGUUUCUGGGGGCCCUGGGGUUCCUGCAGCUGCUGACGGUGCUGUGGUUCGUGUUGAUCGUCAAGGUGGCGGUGCGGGUGGUGCAGGGGAUUGGGGCGGAUGAUAUUCGGAGUGAUGACGAGGGGGGGGGGGAAGAGGAAGAAGAAGUGAUGGUAGAGCUAUCCCCAUGCCCGUCCCCGGGGUGGAAGCGCCGGGCGGCCGGGACCCGACGGACGGCGAGCUCGUCCGGCGUCAGCUUCGAUCGGAAGGAGUUGCUGAGUCGGAUCGGGUGUGAGAAGCAGGUGGAUUGA